GUACUCAUUACCACAAUUACUAAAACUGCACCAAGUUAACCGCAGAGCAAAUUCGAUAAAUAUAAAACAAUCUACACAGCAACUCCACAUUACCCUGCUACUCUAUCAACUUGCAACUCCCGACCCUCCAACCGCCCUCCUCUCCAAUUGCAUCACCCUCCCCAAAGAAACCUACUAUCACAUACAUACUAUCAAAAAUGCGCAUCCCAACCACCAUCCUCACUCUAGCCUCCACAGCCUCCUGCACCCUCCUCCCCCGUAACCCCCCAACAAACUCAACCACCCCCUCCUCUCCCUCCGUCGCUGCAGCCCAAUACGACGGAACCUGUUUCUACCCCAUCCCAGACCCAAACUUCAACCUCAACAGCUACCUCGGCACCUGGUACCAAGUCGCCGGCACACCCUUUGGCCCCACCGCCGGCGCCCGCUGCGUAACCGCGAAUUACUCGCUCAACGCAAACGGCACCGUCCGCGUCCUCAACUCCGCAUCUGCCAGCCCCUCGACUUUCAGUAUCGAAGGCACUGCUACCCCUGCGCCCCCUGCGUACGGUCUCGUUGGUGCGUUUACAGUGAGGUUUCCUGGGACACCGCCGGUGGGGCAGGGGAGUAAGUGUCCUGGACCGAAUUAUAUUGUUCAAGAUUACGCUGUCGAUUGGGCCAUUGUGCAGACGCAGGAGUGGAAUACGCUGUAUAUUUUGAGUCGAGUGAGAGAACCGGCUGAGGAGAGUAUCAAGGCAUGGGUGGAGAGGGCGGUGGCGUUGGGGUCGAAUGCGACGGAGGUUGUGAGGUUUGAUCAGACGGGGUGUGAGGGUGUUUGAGUAUGAGGAUUAGGGAAAGGUGUAGUGGGUUGGUUAAGUGGUAAUUGUUUGUUGGGAGGUAGAGUAUAAUUUAUGAAUUAUCAUGGUACAUUCAUGCUUGUGCAGUGCUUGUUUUUGUAUUGCAGUCGUAGCUCCUGGA